AUGGAAGGAACGGGAGAGGCAACGGUCACCUGGAUGGAAGGAACGGGAGAGGCAACGGUCACCUGGAUGGAAGGAACGGGAGAGGAAACGGUCACCUGGAUGGAAGGAACGUCUGAGGAAACAGUCACCUGGAUGGAAGGAACGUCUGAGGAAACAGUCACCUGGAUGGAAGGAACGUCUGAGGAAACGGUCACCUUGAUUGUAGGAACGUUGGAGGAAACAUUGUCGGGAGAUGCAGCGGUGGGCGAAUGUGGCGCAGGCGCUGAAGCUGAGGUGAAGUACAAGGAGGGUUAUGAAAAAUCCAAGUCCCAGAACCUCUUCAUUCCCGAUGUAGAGUUGCAGCAUUCCAAGAACAUCUGCGCUUUCAUCUCUGAGUUCAAGUACAAAAGUGAGAAAGUAUUCAAAGUAUUCUGGUUCAGCUUACACUCAACUCCCUGAGACAAUGGAGACGGACAGACAGAGCUCGAGCUCGAGCGCUCACAGAGACGCAGAGCGAACUCAAGUGCAAAAAGAGAAGGAAGAGAAGUAUCUCCCAAAGCAUCCAUUCUAGCAGAUACAAUGGAAACCCAAUUUGUCAAAAAUGUGUCUGAACUGCAAAGUCAGGUAAAAAGAGCUGCAGACUAAGUACAAGAAGGCAGGGAAGAAGAAGGCAAAGUCUUUCUACUCUGUGAUGCGAGAGACUGGAGAGCCGACAUGCCAAGCGGUCUACCAGGUACAGGAUAGUAGACCUACAGCGCGAACACUGACCACCCCGGCCUCAUCACACUUAUAGGACAUCUCUGUUUCGUCAGUAGCACUGCUAAUGAAA